AAAUCAGCAGAAGAAACACGUUGAAUUGAAGAAUCCUCCUCCUUCUUCUUCUUCUUCUCCGACUCAGUGACGACAAUUCGUUUGACGCUCUUUUCCUCUUAACUAAUUUUAGAUCAUCUUUCACGUUUGAUCGAUUCCCAUUCUUCUCGACUCCUGCUUCUUUGUAGAUAUUGGUAUAGAAUUUGGCUUUCUGCUGGUAUGUAGCUGGUUUCAUACUGUAUAUAUCUACACGUUUUACUGCAAAUAUGGCUUCAAGAGCGUUGCUUCGAAGGAGUAGUUACGUAGUUAAAUCUCUUAGUGAACGUUUGCCUACGAUUCAAUGUCUUUCAAGCGUUGAGCGGCUAGGACAAGGAGGAUAUGAGAACGUUAGAGGGAUUAGUUCUGAUUUCAAGCAUGUCAAGAAUAAAGAGUCGACUGUGUCGUUGGAGGGUUUUUAUACUAGUAGAUUGCUUCAGUCUCCGAGUUUUAGUAAUGGAGUUGGAAAAUUAGAUGUGCCUUACCCUUUGGGAUAUAGAUUGGUUCGACAAUCUAUGUACUCCUCUCUAGCAACGGCCAACAAGCCUGACCAUGAUAAAAAGGAAGAAAAGGUUACCUCACAAACUAAAGAAGCUUCUCCCGAGGAGUGUGAUGAAGCUGUUGAGGGGUUAAGUUUGGCUAAAGCCAAAGCUAAAGCCAUGAAACUGGAAGAAUCCCAAAAAUCUGAUAUAUCCAUUAUGCAACGUGUGAGGUCGUUUCUUCUGGGAAUAGGUCCUGCUUUAAGAGCUAUUGCAUCAAUGAGCAGGGAAGAUUGGGCCAAGAAGCUUCGCCAUUGGAAAGAUGAAUUUAAAUCUACUCUGCAACACUACUGGCUCGGGACAAAGUUGCUCUGGGCUGAUGUCAGGAUUAGUGUAAGGCUGCUUGUUAAACUUGCUAAUGGAAAAGGUCUCUCUAGGAGGGAACGACAGCAACUCACUCGAACAACUGCCGACAUUUUUAGAUUAGUCCCGGUUGCUGUUUUCAUUAUUGUUCCAUUCAUGGAGUUCUUGCUGCCGGUUUUUCUUAAGUUGUUCCCAAACAUGCUGCCGUCAACUUUCCAGGACAAGAUGAAAGAAGAGGAAGCACUGAAAAGAAGGCUGAAUGCAAGAAUGGAGUAUGCUAAGUUUCUCCAAGAUACUGUUAAAGAAAUGGCAAAGGAAGUCCAAACCUUGCGCAGUGGAGAGAUUAAAAAGACUGCAGAAGAUCUCGAUGGAUUUAUGAACAAGGUUAGAAGAGGAGUCGGCGUUUCAAAUGAUGAAAUUUUGGGCUUUGCGAAGCUCUUCAACGAUGAGCUUACAUUAGAUAACAUUAACAGGUCUCGAUUAGUAAAUAUGUGCAAAUACAUGGGUAUUAGCCCAUUCGGAACUGAUGCAUAUUUACGGUAUAUGCUUCGGAAAAGAUUACAGGAGAUUAAAAAAGAUGAUAAGUUGAUCAAGGCUGAAGGUUUGGAGUCUCUCACAGAAGCUGAACUGCGCCAAGCUUGCAGAUACAGAGGAAUGCUGCAAUUAGGUUCAGUUGAAGAAAUGAGAGAGCAGGUUAUCGUUUAUAAAUCUUUGUGGAGUUCUUCUACAGCUAAAGAUGCUAAUGAACAGGCAAAAGCGAAAACCCUGGAGAAGCAUGAGCAGCUCUGUGAGCUUAGCCGUGCAUUGGCAGUUUUAGCUUCCGCAUCUUCUGUUAGCAUGGAGCGUGAGGAGUUCUUAAAAUUAGUUAAAAAAGAGGUUGAUCUAUACAACAGCAUGGUAGAGAAAGGUGGUACAGAUGAUGAGGAAGAGGCUAGGAAAGCUUAUUUAGCUGCUCGAGAAGAUAGUGACCGAAGUGCUCAGAAAGCUAUCGCCGAUAAAACUUCCUCUCGGUUGUUAGAUAGGGUGGAGACAAUGCUCCAGAAACUGGAAAAGGAAAUUGAUGAUGUCGAUAACAAGAUUGGCAACCGCUGGCGACUCCUGGACAGAGAUUAUGAUGGAAAGGUAAGUCCAGAUGAGGUAGCAUCGGCUGCGAUGUACUUGAAAGACACAUUGGGCAAAGAGGGAAUCCAAGAGCUUAUCCAGAAUCUUUCGAAAGAUAAAGAUGGCAAAAUACUGGUGGAAGAUUUAGUGAAGUUAGCGAGCGAGAUCGAAGAUGCUGAAGCUGACGAGACAGACGAGCCUACUACCAAGUCUUGAAAUUAUUUCUUUUCGUGUCAUCAGUUAACCUGAUUGAUAACUAGAAACGAAAAGAGAAUAAAAUACAUAUUCAGAGGAGGUUUUUUGUUUUCGACAUUACUGGUUUCUUCAAGAAGUUUUAUACUUACCACGACGAAACAAUGUGAAAAAUGUAUAUCACCAAGUCGAAGAAUGACGAUACGAUUACUACUGUUUUUGCGGUUGAAAUAAAAUGGAGAAUAUAUGUGUUUGAUUU